AUGACGCGUCGAACGAUGCAGUUUGGCCAGGUCGCCGAGGAUCAAGAUGCGACACAGCACUCGAGCCUCGCGAGCUCUCAGCACUCUCCUACAAAAGCAAUAUCUCAUUCUACUCGUCCUGUGCUUGGAGAUGCGUCCUUGAAAGCACGUCUCGCAGGGUCGCAACAAGCACAACAACGCGUCCUACCUGGUACACCCUCCUCACGUAAGGAGGCAAAGGGCUCCAUCCGCUCAAUUCUUCGGGAACCCAAUACACCAGGGACGGGACAAAGUGUUCGCUUCUUUUCAAAAGAUGCGUUCAAACUCAUCAGUCCAAAUAUGUCUGCCAGCCUCGAUCUCGACCUCAGUCUCGACGGUCAGGCACAAGACAUUUCGCCAGAUUUUGUAGAGCAGAUUGAACAGCUCACGGCUGUCAAUUCGACGGGUUCUCAUUCGUGUUCAUCCAACGCAGCAUCGCGGUCAAAUUCCUUGCUUCUCCCCGGCUCGUCACAGCGCGUUAACAUCUUCGACGUGUCGCUCGACAUGCCUGCUAUCCCUUUACCGGAAAACGCGUCCGGAAUGCUCUCAGACGACGCAAUUGAGGUCCCGGACGAGCUCCCCUAUGAUGAGGAGGUCGUUUCAGCCCGAAAGGCCUCUGCACACUCGCUUUUGGAGCAGCUAUCCGCAGCUUUAUCACCACCGAGCAAAACCAAUGCUAUCCAGCCAGACUACUCACAGCUGUCCGUGGUCGCCCCCAUUCGCUCAUCGUCUCCGCCAUCCCCUGUAGUAGCAGAGGUUUCGUCCCCUCUGGAAUCUUCUCCAGUUACACGACACGAUUCGACAUCAUACUGGACGCCAAGGUCACUUAUCCCUGACUUCUUUGCGUCUCGCUCUACUCCCUCGAGCACAUUCGAGGCACAACAGGAACUCAUUACGUCUCUCCGAGAACAGAUCUCGGUAUACCAGGAGUUGAACGCAAAGUACCAAGUCGAUAUCGAUAAUCGUGAUGAGAUGGUCGAGAUCCUCUCCAUGCGCGUCGAGAUUGCGGAAACGGAACUAGAGUCGUGGCAUGCUGAUGAGGCAGAGCAGCAUGCAACGAUCCAGCGCCUGAAGAAGCAACUGGAUAGCCUUUCGCAAAUGUGCUCUCGACUCGAGCUCGCCGAGCUGGAGCGAAGUCACUUCUCUGAGCAAGGCAGUAUCACCGACGAGGCAGGUAGUCGCGUACUCAAGACGUUACGCUCUCGCAUACACGUACUCGAAGAAGCCAACCGUCAGCUCGAAGACGAUCUACAUGCGGGCCGCAACGAGCUAAUCGCUACCCGAGAAGAGCUCGAGUUUGUGCGGAGUAAUAAUAGUGCGCGGUCUCCCGAAGCAAAUGAAGAGCACGCCGAGCUGCAGGAAAAGGUGACAGCCUUGGAGCAUGUCGACGACCUUCAGCGUGCCGAGAUUCGUCAGCUGCAGGAAGAGGUUGCUCGAUUACAACGCGUAAACAAAGAGCAAAAGGAUGCACAUGCGGCUGAUGUCGCGAGGAUGAAGGAGGAGAUUCACGAGCUCGAAACCAAAGGCGAUACAUCCGUCGACGGAACGAGUGGAGCGCAAAGGGAUCAAAUUAGGAUGCUUCAAGAGGAGCUAGAGUCUCAAUGGACACGCACGGAAAAGGCCACGGACAAGAUCAAGCAGCUAGAGAAAGAAAAUUCGGAACUACGGGCGACAGUGGAGAAACUGCAGGAGAAAAGUGUUGGCCAUGACUUUUUGGAAACCAUCGAAUACACUAAACAGGAACUCAUCGAGCAAAUCAAUGAAUCUCGUGCAGUUCAGCAGAUGCUUGAAGAGGACAAAGAUCAGGUACUAGAAGAACUUCGUGUAUCGCAGCAACAGAUCGAGGACCUCGUGCAAUCCAACUCGGAUCUUCAGCGCCAAUUGGAACAGAUUAAGCAAGAGCAAGCCUUUACCACGGAAAACGUCGAACGUUUGCAGCAUCUCCUCAAGGAACGUGAUCGCGAGAUUGAAGAUAUAGAGAAAGCUCGUCAGCAACACUUUACCGAAAUGGACUCGCUUCGCGGACGAGUGACUUCUGCAGACAAAGAGCAUGCUCGCCAGCUUGCAGAACGUGCGCGACGUAUCCAUGACCUUGAAACCGAACUCCGGAAUCAGAUGGAACGCUCGACGCAAAUCAUGAAUGAGACGGCUGAUCGCGAUGUCUACCUUGGCGCUCUCGAAGAGCGUGCUAACGGACGUUUGGAAGAGAAUGAGCGUAUGCGCCGUCGGGUUCACGAGCUGGAGCAGGAGAGUGCCGCAAAGGAAAUGAGGCUGGUCGAACUCCGACGCGACAACGACCGUAUCCGGGACGACAAUGCCAACCUUAACAUUGCUCUCGAUUCUAAGCAACAGGAAUUGGAGUUGAUCAAGCGAAAACUCGGGGUCAAGGGAACAGGCGGCGCGACUCCUGCGCCAACUCGAAACGGUGGUCGGGAGACGUCUAUAUUUGGUAUUACUCCACGUCCUUCGCUUACUCGCCCAUUGGGUGAGACACCUUCGACGUUACUUGGGGCAACACCCCGUGCAAGCAUGCUCCUACCACCCUCCUUAACUAUGGGCUCGAAAGCAGGCCACAAGGACGACAAGACGGGGCCACCGACAAUCAUCCGGCCCCGUCAAUCGGUAGGAAGUCCGACUGCGGCCAUGCUGGCUCGACCACCUCCUUCCACGGUAUCCUCGACCACGGAUGGGGAGCCCAAUGCGCCCAUCAGAACUACUCUCAAGCUAUCUUCAAACUUUGAUCUCAAUGUGCUUCGAGACGUCCAUGCGGAAGAAAAGGAGAACUAUCUCCCUCUACGCAUGAGCCGGCGCACGAAUGUGAUGGUACCUUCGUAG